UAGGGCCCAAGCGAGUGGCCUUAACACAUGGAUUUCCUUCCAAACAUACAGACCUGUUUUAAUUACAUGGACACCUAACCUUGGGGGAGGGCUGGCCCCCUGGAUUCAGUGCUGCUUCUCUGGAGAUACUCGCAAGAUGGGAGUCAUGGCAGUGCUGAUGCUGCCCCUCCUGCUCCUGGGGGUCAGCGGCCUCCUCUUCAUCUACCAAGAGGUGUCCCGGCUGUGGUCCAAGUCGGCCGUGCAGAACAAAGUGGUGGUCAUCACCGAUGCCAUCUCAGGACUGGGCAAGGAGUGUGCACGUCUGUUCCAUGCUGGUGGGGCAAGGCUAGUGCUGUGUGCCAAGAACUGGGAGAGGCUAGAGAACCUUUAUGACACCUUGGUUAAUGUGGCUGACCCCAGCAAGACCUUUACCCCAAAGCUGAUCCUAUUGGACCUCUCGGAUAUCAGCUGUGUGCAGGAUGUGGCCAAAGACGUCCUGGACUGCUAUGGCUGUGUGGACAUCCUCAUCAACAAUGCCAGUGUGAAGCUGAAGGCGCCUGCCCAUAAGAUUUCUCUGGAGCUCGACACAAAGAUCAUGGAUGCCAAUUACUUUGGGCCCAUCACACUGACCAAAGAGGCUCAUCGUUCUGUGUUUCCAGCUCUGCUCCCCAACAUGAUCUCCCGAAGAACUGGCCAAAUCGUGUUGGUGAAUAACAUCCAAGGGAAAUUUGGAAUCCCAUUCCGUACAGCUUACGCAGCCUCCAAGCACGCGGCACUGGGCUUCUUUGACUGCCUCCGGGCGGAAGUGGAGGAGUACGACGUGGUUGUCAGCACCGUGAGCCCCACGUUCAUCCGCUCGUACCCGGGCCAGGGCAACUGGGAGCCCUCCAUUUGGAAAUAUUUUUUCAGGAAGCUGACCUAUGGGGUGCACCCGGUAGAGGUGGCGGAGGAGGUUAUGCGUACCGUGAGGCGGAAGAAGCAGGAAGUCUUCAUGGCCAAUCCCAUCCCCAAGGCUGCGCUGUACAUCCGCACCUUCCUCCCCGAAUUCUUCUUCGCCGUGGUGGCCUGUGGGGUGAAGGAGCAGCUCCACGUACCGGAGGAGAGUUAGCCACGGGGGCACACGGGUCGGGUUGCCUGGGAGGAAUAAAAGGUAGCCUGCCA